UUUAUAAAUAUUAUAUAUAAUAAUUCUUAGUAAUUAAAAUGGCGCUAGUUUUAUUAUUCCUCGUGUUAUUUGUUCACAUUUCCAGUGAAAAUCUAGUUGAUAUUACAUUCAGAAAUGUCACAUUUAACGGAUAUUUCGUAUUUACCCCCAGAUUCAAACCGACCAUCCUACUUGGAAAUAACUUGAAGGAUUUUAUACCGAAUACCAAUUUUGAUAACAUAGAGUUUAUUGAUCAGAAGAUACCAAUUUUUUACAAAGAUGCCAUCGCUGAUAUAGAUAGACUAACUGAGUUGUACGUAGAAAAUUGUAAUGUAGAAGAGAUCAGACCUGGAACUUUCAGAAAUGUAUCCAACUUAAGCAAGUUAUCUUUUAGAUAUAACAAGCUUCGCCUAAUAGAAAAUGGAGUAUUUAAUCAUCUGAAUUUAACCACACUGGACUUAAGUUUCAACCAAAUAAGUGUUAUAUAUCCCGAUGCAUUCAAUCACAUGCACGAAUUGUUUCACAUAAACCUUGCCUACAACUUAAUACCAACGUGGAAUCCCAAAUGGUUUAAGGAUACACCAAACUUAUACAUGCUGUAUUUCAAAGCUAAUCUUAUAGAGGAAUUACCUGCUCACAGUUUUAAAAAUUUAAAGCGAAGUAAAUUAUCGGUUCUUGAAUUGAUUUUCUCAAAUAAUAAUAUAUCCAAAAUAGAUCCUCAAGCUUUUUCAGAAGUACGUCAAAUAAACUUGCUUUCCUUAAGUAACAAUAAACUAGAAUCUUUUGAUAAAGAUUUGCUUAAAAACGUUGUAGUUUGGGAUUUAAGACUUAACAAUAAUAGCAUCAGCUGUUUCGAUGGAGAUCUAGAUAAGUUGUUUAAAGCACCUUACAACUAUAUAGAGUACAAUCCUUUCACAUGUCCUUGCCUACAUCGCUUAAAGCAUUGGUCGAAUAAAAGAGGCAAAGAGCUUGGUAUUGCUGAUUCAAAAUGUACUGGUGGUGACGAUGAAGAAGAAGAAGAUAAGGUUAUCGAAAUGGAAGAAGUUUUUGAAGUAGAGAAAGAUGUCUAUGCUAUCCAGAAAAUUACUUUGGUAUUACCGAAAAAUUCCAAACUUAGAAAUUAAAUAUAAAAUAAAUAAGAAUUUGAAAUAAUUUUUAGCUUUUAGUAAAAAUUAAAUUUUAAUUAAAAUCGUUACUAUGUACAUUUUGUAGUAUUGUUGUAAGAGGUUAUUACUAACUUUAUUUAUAUUAGUAUAUUAUUAUGUAGAUAUUACAGAGCCUAUACCAGGUAAUAAAUAAUUUGUUCAAGUUA